UUUUCUUUCUUUUCUUUUUUUUUUUUCACUUCAGAUUACUUCACACUGCACCACAUAGCAUCAAACAUGUCCCGUUCCCUCGAAGGAAAAUUCGCCAUCAUCACCGGUGGCUCCCGCGGAAUCGGCGAAGCCAUUGCCCACAACCUCGCCAGCAAAGGCUGCUCUCUCCUUCUAAACUACACCUCAGACAGCUCUCGCACCCGCACCGAAUCCCUCUGCAACACCCUAUCCACCACGCACAAAAUCACCUGCAUCCCAGUGCAAGCCGACCUCUCCGACCCCGACCCCGCCCCCGCCGUCAACACCAUCAUCUCCGCCGCCAAAACCCACUUCACCUCGCCCACCACCAACACCCUCACCAUCGACAUCCUAAUCAACAACGCCGGGGUCAGCAAAGACCGUUUCCUCAACGACCCCUCCUCCGGCCCCAUCGACCCCGCCUACUUCAACUGGCACUACACCAUCAACGUGCUCGCCCCGCUGCUCCUCACCCAAGCCUGUGCGGAGUACCUCCCGCGCAAGCCCGCGCACAGCGGCCGCAUCAUUAACAUCUCGAGUAUUUCGUCCUCGUUGGGGUUCACGGGCCAGUCGGUGUAUGGGGGCACGAAGGCGGCGUUGGAGGCGAUGACGAGGACGUGGGCCAGGGAGUUGGCCGAUGUGGCGACGGUGAAUGCGGUGAAUCCCGGUCCUGUUGUGGGUGAUAUGUAUUUUGCUACGGGCGAGGAGUUUUGGAAGCAGAUGCAGGGGUUCCAGGAUAAUACGCCGUUGAGUAAGUUGGUGGAUGGGGAGGAGGCCGUGGAGGAGUUGCUGAGUGAGGAGCAGAAGAGGUUGAUUAGGGAGAAGAUGGGUGGGAGGAGGCCUGCGUUUACGAGGGA